AUGCUCAGUUCCCGUCCUGUUCUCCGCCAAAUUGCGGAGAAAGAGUUCAUCCCCAGACUUCGAUGUCUCUCCACAAUCGCCGGGCAGCGAAGACUGACACCAUCACGAAAACAUGUCUCCAACAGAGCUACUGCUGUACGAAACUCUUCAAGAUCAAUCUCGAAUUAUACAUUCCCUCACCAUGCAAACGCUAUCUCGGUGCUACCUACAGCCGUCGACACGGAAUCCGCCGAUUUCAAAGAAAACGCGGCACAAAUGAAUGAGUUGAUUGAGCAGAUGACGCAGCUACACGAUAAAAUCGCACAGGGCGGAUCUCAAAAGGCGCGAGAAAAACAUAUCGCGCGUGGGAAGAUGCUCCCACGAGACAGGGUUACGUCUCUGAUUGACCCUGGAUCUUCAUUCUUGGAACUGUCGCCCCUCGCUGGCCAUGAAGUAUACCCUGGCGAAGACGUCCCCGGUGGAGGAAUAAUUACCGGUAUUGGCACCGUUGAAGGCGUUACAUGCAUGAUCGUCGCCAACGACAGCACCGUCAAGGGGGGGACAUAUUACCCGAUAACAGUCAAAAAACAUCUCCGUGCACAGGCAAUCGCACAAGAGAACAAACUCCCUUGUAUCUACCUUGUUGACUCUGGCGGCGCAAAUCUACCUCACCAAGCCGAUGUCUUCCCCGAUAGAGAUCACUUCGGCCGCAUCUUCUUCAACCAGGCACGCAUGAGCUCGUUGGGAAUACCCCAAAUAUCCGUGGUGAUGGGACCAUGCACCGCCGGCGGAGCAUACGUCCCAGCCAUGAGCGACGAGACCAUCAUCGUCGAGAACCAAGGAACAAUCUUCCUCGCCGGACCACCAUUAGUUAAAGCCGCAACGGGUGAAGUCGUAUCUGCCGAAGAUCUCGGCGGAGGCAACCUACACAGCACCAUCUCAGGCGUUACAGACUAUCUUGCCGUCGACGAUGCGCACGCUUUGGUGCUCGCUCGCCGCUCAAUCAGCAACCUCAACUAUCCCAAAUCUAGUUCCCCUCUUACCGGCCUGUCCGAGGGAACAGAUAUAAAAGAACCUCUCUACAACCCCGAAGAUCUCAACGGUAUCGUCGGCACAAACCUCCGCCGACAAAUCCCCGUCCACGAAGUCAUAGCCCGUAUCGUCGACGGCAGCGAAUUCGCCGAAUUCAAACGUGAUUACGGGAGUACCCUCGUCACGGGGUUUGCGCGCAUAUACGGGACUCAAGUGGGCAUUGUAGCUAAUAACGGCAUCUUAUUCUCCGAAUCUUCUCUCAAGGGAGCUCAUUUUAUUGAGCUAUGUGCUCAACGGAAGAUACCGCUUGUAUUUUUACAGAAUAUUUCGGGAUUUAUGGUGGGCGCUGAUGCGGAAAAGGGUGGUAUCGCCAAGAAUGGCGCAAAACUUGUUACUGCUGUUGCGUGCGCGGAUGUUCCUAAAUUCACGGUUGUGUUUGGUUCGAGUGCUGGUGCUGGUAACUACGGCAUGUGCGGUCGUGCCUACUCCCCUCGACUAAUGUUCAUGUGGCCGAACUCGAAAAUCGGCGUGAUGGGCUCCGAACAACUCUCCGCCGUGAUGGAAGCAGUUGGUCGCACGGCCGAUCCAGAACUCAAAUCCAGAAUCGACAGAGAAUCAACGGCGAUUUUCUCUUCGGCUCGGUUGUGGGAUGAUGGUGUUAUACCCCCUGCGCAGACGAGGAGGUAUCUCGGUAUGGGGUUGAUGGCUGCCAUAGGGGGAAAGAAUGAUGUUGGUAAGACAGACACGAGGUUUGGUGUUUUUAGGAUGUAAUCCUUUCUUCUUCCUUCUGUCGGGUAAAUGGAUAUAUAGUGCAAAUGAAAUGAACGGUCUGUUAUAAGACCAGUGUCUAUAAUUC